ACAACUCUAUGCACAUACCCAAUUAUCUUCCAAAAAAACCAAAAUGCCAACUGCCAUAGUAACCGGCGCCACCGGCAUCACCGGCAACGCCAUCGUGCAGCAUCUACUGCAAGACCCCUCGUACACAAAGAUCCACACCCUCUCCCGGCGCCAACCAGGCCUCAAAGAUCCGCGCAUCCAGCACGCCCAGCUCGACCUCCAAGCAUCGGCCGCGGAAAUGGCCCAAGCCCUGCAGGGCAUCUCAGCGGACUACGUCUUUUUCAGCGCGUACCUCGCGCGUCCCGACGAAGGCGAAUCCGCGCGUGUCAACAGCACUCUGCUAUCUAACUUUAUUGAGGCUCUCGAAACUACCGGCGCUAUCAAGCAGCUCAAACGGCUGAUCCUGACUUGCGGUUUCAAGCACUACGGUGUUCAUCUGGGUCUGACCAAGCAGCCGCUGCUGGAGUCCGACCCGCGGCUGGAGAACGGAGCAGGCGGCCGCGACUGGCCGCCUAACUUCUACUACGCGCAGCAAGGCAUCCUCGAGAAGGCAUCCCGGCGCGGAAACUGGGAGUGGAUCUGCACGCUGCCGAAUGACGUGAUCGGCUACGCAAAGAACAACUUCAUGAAUGAGGCGACCGCGCUGGGUCUGUACUGCGCUGCUAGCAAGGCCCUGCCCGGGUCCAGGCUGAUCUACCCGGGCAAUCGCACCAAUUACUUCGCUUACAACUGCUGGACGUCGGCUGAGACGCACGCACGGUUUUGCUUGUGGGCUGCUACGGCGCCGGGGGCUGGGAACAAUAUCUUUAACGUCACCAAUGGCGACAUCGAGUCGUUCCAGAAUCUGUGGCCCCGUCUCGCUGCGCGGUUUGGCUGCACCGUUCCGGAGAAUAUGUUCGGCCCUAAUGGCCAGCAGGCAGAUACCUCGUGCGCGACGGAGACGCAUCUGCCAAACAGUCAUCCGAUCUGCGUGCACGCGCGCGAACUGGGAAUCCCCGAAGACGACGCAUUGAGCACGCAGCCACCGGUGCUGCGACUGCUGGUUGACCCGCAGAAGUGGGCCCAACGCCAGGACGUCCAGGAGGCAUGGACACAGCUGCGUGACAAGUAUAACCUGGACCAGAAGGCGUGGGACGGUGCGACGUGGGACUUCUUGACGUUUGUGCUGGGACGCGAAUGGGGGUGUGUGGGGACCAUGAGCAAGGCUAGGGCGCUGGGGUGGUCGGGGUAUGAGGAUACGUGGGAGGCCUUUGAGAGGACGUUCGAGACGCUAGAGAGAGAAGGAAUUUUGCCACCUGCAGAGAAAUUGCGGAGUGGUUGAUCUGGGUUUGCGCAUCGAGGAGAGGCCUGCGAGAUGGGCUCAAUUGGUCUGUACUAGGGCUGUUCGUGAACCUAGCCUAUAAUAUGUAAUAUAUGAUGGGAUAUCAGUGAAAGGAAAGACAAAGUUCAAUAUCUUACAUA